AUGGCUACCCUAUCUCGCACUGUUCGGAUUCGCAACCCCGCACUAUUUAUUUGCGACAUCCAAGAGAAAUUUCGCACGAAAAUCUACGAAUUCCCCAAGCUAGUCUCAACCACCAACAAACUAGUCCGCGCUGCAAACACCCUCAACUUCCCAAUCUACAUAAGCACACAAUCACGCGCAAAGCUCGGAGAAACCGUCUCCGAGCUCUCCCCCCACCUCCAAGGCCCCAACAUCAAAGCCGAUGUCGACAAGACGCUUUUCUCAAUGAUAACCCCAGAGCUGAAUGCUAAGCUGCCCUCGGACCCCACUGCUAUGGAUGCAAUCAUCGUAGGCAUUGAGACACAUAUAUGUGUUACGCAGACGACACUCCAGCUUUUGGGGCGCGGGUUUAGGGUUUACAUUGUUGUGGAUGGGGUCAGCAGUGUUAACCCCGGGGAGAGGAAGAUUGCGCUUGAGCGGCUGAGGGAUGCGGGGGCUAUUAUUACUAGUAGUGAGAGUUUGCUCUUUGAGAUUUUGGGAGAUGCGAAUCAUGAGUCGUUCAGAGCUGUUAGUGGGUUGGUUAAGGAGACAGUGGAGGAGACGAAGGGGGCUUUGGAUGUUUUUGCUAAGAUUUAA